AUGGCUACAUUUAAAAAAUUGGCGUUGUUAGCAAUCCUAUUGAGCAGCAGCAAUGCAGGCCUUCUGCACGGACAUCACUCCGGUCUCGGUGCUGGUACUUCCGGAUUAGGCGCCUCCAGUUUCGCACCAAGCAGCUUCCCAGCUGGAUCCCUCCCAUCUGCCAGUUAUUCCAGCGGCGGUUUGCUGGCCGGUAACACCCUCCCAGGAGCUGGAUUACCAGGUGGUCUACCAGGCCCACUCGGUCGCCCCGCGGGUCAAGCUCCCAUCCCCGGCCCUAAAAACCCCGUCAUCGAUGAAAUUCACGGGCUUGCUAACAACCAAGGUGCUCCAACCCAGUACCGUGUCCGCGAGGAGCCUUACCAGGUGUUCCGUGAAGUGACUCAUCGCGUGCCGCAGCCCUACCCGGUACCCCAGCCCUACCCCGUACGAGUGCCCGUCCCGCAGCCCUACCCCGUGCAAGUUCCCGUAGUGAGGAACGUGCCCGUGCCCGUCGUGCAAAUACAGCGAGUGAAUGUUGACAAGCCGGUCCCGUACCCAGUGGAGAAGAUUGUCAGAGUCCCCGUAGAGAAGGUGGUCCAAGUGCCAGUUGAACACCCCGUGCCUGUUGAGAAGAUCGUCGAAGUGCCCGUGAUCAAGCACGUGAAGGUUCCCGUGCACGUGGUGAAGACCUACCCCGUGCCGGUGGUGAAGACCGUCCACCACAAGGUGGUGCAGCAUCACGGCCACCACGGCCAUGGCCACGGCUGGCACGGCUGGUAACCACACCGUCCCGCGACAUCUCAGCAAUCUCAUCGCACUCCUAGUCCGGUCUAUUGUAAAUA